CGUUAAAUCGUGCUUUGUCAUGAGACUCGAAAUGUUUCGUAAAAUAAUAUCAAAGAUUUAUGUUCAACAUAUAUGAAUAGAUAAAAUUUCGAAGCAAGUGAAUUAUAACAAUUUUAGUGAAAGUUUAACAGUGUUUCAAGCUUAAAGUGCGUUUAUAAGUUAGCGUGCAUCGCAUGUGCCUGGCGGUGUUCCGGAAAGAGUAUAGCACUAUCUUCGACGCAGAAUUGAUUUGUAACUUACCAGAAACGUAAACGAGAAUUACAUCAUUAUAUUGAUAGAUUUAUAAGUGUUGACAUGCCACUUCUUCGUAAACAACCGUUUCAACGACUACAUGUCUCUUCAGACUUCAAAGACGACGAUGAAGUUUUCCAUUGCGAGGUUACCAACGAAAUCUUCAAGGACUACAAUGAAUUCUGUGAAAGAAUUAUUUUAUGCAAUUCACUUAUAUGGUCAUGUAGUAUAACAGGUAGAACUAACAUGACUUAUGAAGAGGCUUUACAAUGUGAAGAAAAUGCAAAAAAAAGCCUUAAAGAAUUUCCUAUGGAGCUACGUAUUCCUAUAUUAUACCUUGCCAGUAAAACAAACAGAUCAUCUUUUAAUGAAAUGAUAGAAGAUGUAUAUCAAUUUGCAAGGGAUCGUUAUUUUGUAGGAGAAAUGGUAGAAGCAAGUUUUACCGAGGAUUCUUGGUGUGACUGUCAUGUUCUACAAGUUAUUGCACCUUCAGAACAACAAAUUAAAUCAUAUACUAAGGAAAACAACAGGAAUCCACAAGAACAACAGUAUCAUCCACCUGCAAAAUUAUUUCGUUAUGAAGUGGAACAGUUAGACUCUGGAGAUUCUGAUGUCAGUCAACUUAUGAUAGUAGAAGCAACACAAGUGAGAAGAAGGAAACAACACUACAGUAAAGAACGUAAUAAAAUAUUUUUACGUCAAUUAUGUGAACUGAAUGAAAGUGGAAUAUGGAUUGUUAAAGAUAGUGUUUUACAAAAGUAUGGUAUUAAUAAAGUACGUUUUGACACUAUAUUUGCUGGCCCCCCUCCUGAUUUUACAUCACGUGUUAAAAAAUCUGUUAAACACAAGCAAGAAUCAAUAGAUAAAUUUCUUACAUCAGAUGUAUCAAAACAGAAGACAGUAGAAAAGCCUGAUCCUCUUAAAAAGGUGCAUCAAGGAGGAGUAGAUAUAAAAAAGUUUAGGAAACCAAGAAUGAAUGGAAAAUUUAAAGAAGAUCUCAAAGCAAAAGCUCUUGAAGGGAAAGCAAAAGCUCUUGAAGAGAAAGCAAAAAAACGCAAAGAAAAAAGAGUUUUGGAAAUUGAACGUAAAAAGGAGGAAAAGCAGAAACAAGCAGCUUUGGCUGCAUAUGUAAAGCAAUGGAACAAACCAAGGGAGGAUCUCGAAUGCGAAAAUCUUUCCCCCAUUCCACAACCUACACCGGUUAAGACUAGCAUACCUAAUGAAAAAUUCGGUGAUAGUGUUAUGAUUCUAGAAUUUUUAGAAUUUUUUAACAAUGAAUUAGAAGUCAGUGCAUAUUUCCCAAACGGUUUUACAUUAGACUUGUUAGAAAAAGCAUUGUUAGUAAAAGAAGCAUCUGGACCUUGGAGUGAUCUCUUACAAUUACUAUUAGCAAACAUUUUUAAAUAUCAAGCAGAUGAAGAAGAUGAAAUUCAUGCUCAAGCAUCUGAUAUAACAAGUGAUACUAAAAUGUAUGAAGGAGUAUCAAUGAAAAAAGCUGUAAAAUUAGCUACAAUUGCUUCCAGCUGGUGUCAAAUACAUCAAGGUUGCGAUUUAUCUGAAUUGACAUUAGAUCACGUAACUGUAAGUGAAAUUUUAAGGCAACAUUUAUUAUGUUCUGGAGGAAGAAUGGGCGAAGUUGCUACUAAGUGGAGAUAUUCUCAAAGAGGGGGAUAUACAAAUCAAGAUGAUCCCGCACUUCUGAUGAGGAUAAACGAGGCAUAUAUUUUAAGAUUAUUGGGUCAUCGUGACGUUCACGAAUUUGAUUUAAAUGAAAAAUUAAAAGUAGCCACGUGUCUUAUAGAUCAAUUACUUACUUUUGCUUCAAUACGAGAUGUAAUUGAAGAAAGACGUGAAAAACUUCAUCAAGCAAAAAAAGAAUUAAAGUCUUUUUUGAUAGCUGAACAAAGGAAAGAGAAAGAAGAGAAGGAAAAAAUGAGAGAACGCGAGAAAGAUAAAGAAAGCAAAGUACCAAAGAAAGUUACACGUGGCACUUGUGAGGAGGGAAAAAAGAAAGAAGAGUAUGAAAAUAAAUUAAAAGAACUUGAAGAAGCAUCUACAGAUGACAAAAUGAUGCUUUAUUUAGGAUCUGAUAGAGCUCAUCGUAGAUACUGGAGAUUUUUGUCAAUACCAGGAAUAUUCGUAGAGAAUGAUGAAAUGUGGCUUGGUAAUUGCUUUCCUGAUGGUACCCCUUAUCAACCAGAAUUACAAGAUGGAGAAUCUACAUACGCAUAUUUAAAAAAUAAAUUUGAAGAUGAAUUUAGUGAUAAAGAAAAUAGUUUUAAAAAAGCAAAAAAAUCUCCUAAAAGAGUUUCAUUUUCUGACAAAAAUGGUCUUAAAUCUCCAAGAAAAGACGUACCUCGAAAAGAGAUUAAGCAAGAGCUAUCCGAUAUUAGAAAAAAUUUAAUGGCUUGCACAGGAGACAAAGAAUGUCCAGUACAUUGGCAAAGGUCAGAAGAAAAAUGGUAUUUUUUCGGAAAUGAGGAAGACAUAGAAGCUUUAAUAAAUGGUUUAAGUAAACGAGGAAUUAGAGAGGGUAAACUCAGAAAUAAUAUUAUACAAAUAAAGACAAGUUUAAUGUCUAUGAUCAAAGAUUGUCCUAGACAUAAACUUAAUCCUGAAAUCUUUUCAGAACCUAUUAAAGAAUAUCCUAAUAAAACUAUAAAAAAGAACAAAUAUGAAAAUGCUAACUUAAACUUUUGUACUGAAAUGUCAGUAAAUGAUGUUCUAGAACUGACUCUAAGAGAUUAUAUUCUAGAUUUCGAAGAUAGAAUAAAAGGGUGUGCUGUGGGACUUUUGAAAGUCAAUGAUCGAGAAGCAUGGAGGAAUGCAAUUAAUAACAUGAAAUAUGAUAAACAAUGUGAUAAAUUAGUGUAUGGUACAAAUGAGGUUGAAGCAGAUACUGCUCCUAAUGUGACAUUAGACAAAGUUAAGUACAAAGCCAAGCAUAGCAGACCAGGAACUCCAGAUUCAGAAGUUGGAAGUAUUAGUAUAAAAACUUAUAAAGAUUCAGGAAAAUAUUUAGGUCCACCAAGUGAAAAUGAAAUACUUCCAGAUCCUAAACAACAAAUAGCCAUUAAACAAAUGGCUUGUGCUAUUUUACAGUUAUCUCAUGCCAUUUGGCAAGCUUACUUAGGUGGCACAUUAGUUAUCAAUGAGAAAGACAAAAAGUUGUCUGGUGAAGAAGUCAAAGAAAGAUGGGAAGAAUCACUUAUGGCAUCAACAAAUUGGUCUCAAUUAUUUUUACAUUUCAGUACCCUAGAAAAUAGUGUCGCAUGGGGUAAAAGUUUACGACAUGCUCGGUGUCGAAUCUGUAGGCGGCGUCGUGACGGUGAUAAAAUGCUACUAUGCGAUGGAUGCAAUAAAGGCCAACAUUUAUAUUGUUUAACACCAAAACUAACUAAUGUACCAGAAGGUGAUUGGUAUUGUAAAGCAUGUAAACCACCAACAAAACCAAAAGAAAAAAUUAAAAAGCGAAAGAAAUUUGAAGAUGAAUUAGAAGAAGACGUGAUGUUAACCAAAGAAACUCGACAUAAUCGUGCAAAACGUAUUCUAGAAAGCGAGGAAGACGAAGAUCAAGAAGAUGAGGAACUGGGGGAAGAUAGUGAGGAAGAUGUCAGUAGUCAACGCAUGGAUGUGUGUAAUGUGUGUAGAAGUGGUGGAAAAUUGAUCAGUUGUGACACAUGUUUAAAAUGUUUUCAUGUAGAAUGUAUAGAACCUCCUGUAGCAAGAAUGCCUCGUGGAAGAUGGAUUUGUUCAGAUUGCAAAGAUAAGAAAGACAGAAAAAUGAAUAUAAAAUACGUGAGGGGGCGUGAAAGGGAAAGGGACAAGGAGAGACUGUGCGCUGCAGCAGCACGCUCUCGCAUCCAUGGCUUUGCCAAGAGCCUCCUCACUACAGAAUCUACAGACUGGGACGAUAGUAGCACUUCAGAGGAUACCGAACCGAGACAAACCAGAAGAGCAGCAAAAAGGGCUGCUGAAAUUGAACAAGAAGAAGAAGAUAAAGGCACAAUUAAAGGAUCCAUGGGAAGACUGCAAGAAUUACUUUCUGAUAUUAGGCAUCACAGAGAUUCAUGGCCUUUUCUAUCACCUGUCACAAAAGAUGAAGUUCCAGACUAUCAUGAUAUUAUUUCUAAUCCUAUGGAUUUCGGUACAAUUAAGUACAAACUUAACAAUGACGAAUAUGAAACAUUGGAACAUUUCUUCAGUGAUUGUCAAUUAGUGUUUGAAAAUUGUCAAACUUAUAAUGAAGAACAUAGUUCAGUCUACAAUUACGUGUACAGAGCAGGUAUGAGGUUAUUGAAGUACUUUGAAAAGCGGUACAAAGAACUAGGGUUGACUUAUGGUGAGGAAUUGCUACGACCACCAAAUACAAAGAAGCCGAAACUUGAAGAGAACGGUCUUGCAGGUAGCGAAGAUGAGGACACAGAAGAAAUUCAGAAUUCAAGUUAUAUUUAUUAA